UUAAGCAACAUAAAAACAAACCGCAAUGCCCAAUAAAAAGGGCGGGGCGGAUGAUCUUCAAAUUCAAUUUGUAAUUGGAAAAUUGAAGAUUGAAUGAAAUCGAAUAUCCACCAUUUAAUCCUUUGAAAACAAAAUUCCCAUAUUUACUUCUUGUCUUCUUCUUCCUUUGAUUGUCGCUUUCUCUCCUCUCGAACAUUCUCGCUGAUUCUGGUUGCUCUUUUGAUUACGAUUUCUAUGAUAAUUUUGAGUACCCAAUUGCCCAUGAGAAACUGAAUGUAUAUUAAAAACACUUGAAAAUCUACUUAAGUUUUGGAAAAUUUUGGUGUAUGGUAUAACAAUGCAAAGGGUUUGUAAGGUUAUGUUGUUAACGUUGCUUUUGUUUAAUAUUUUUCCACUUUUUGUAAGUAAUCGCGGUGAUGGAGGAAGAUUUGGAUAUGGAUUUGUAUAUGGAGAGGCAAUUCAGAUACUUUCGAAAUCGAAACUCGAAAAAUGUGAAAAGACUUCUCCUACAGAAGCAAAUGGUUCUAAUGAUAAUGGUAAUCUUAAUUGUACUCGCAAGAUCAUCAUUAACAUGGUUGUUCCUAGCAACUCUAGUGGAGGAGAAGCGUCAAUGGUGGCAGAGGUUGCAGAGGUGGAGGAAAACUCGACGAAUAAGAUGCAGACUUUGCGAUUGCCCCCUGUGAUUACUGUCAACAAAUCUGUUGCUUAUGCCGUGUUUGAUCUUACUUAUAUACGAGAUGUCCCAUAUAAACCCCAAGAGUAUUAUGUCAAGACACGAAAGUGUGAGCCGGAUGCUGAUGCUCAUGUUGUGAAGAUUUGUGAGAGGUUGAAGGAUGAUCAAGGUCACGUUAUUGAAGCCUCUCAGCCGGUUUGCUGUCCUUGUGGUGAUAGACGACGAGUACCUUCUUCAUGUGGAAACUUUUUUGACAAGCUGGUAAAGGGGAAAGCGAAUACUGCACAUUGUCUACGAUUUCCUGGUGAUUGGUUCCAUGUAUUUGGCAUUGGACAGAGAAUUAUAGGAUUUAGUGUUCGGAUUGAAGUCAAGACUGGAUCUAAAGUAUCAGAAGUGAUCGUUGGUCCUGAUAACCGAACAGCUUUGUCCAGUGACAGCUUUCUCAGAGUGAAUCUUGUUGGUGAUUUUGGUGGUUACACUAAUAUUCCAUCAUUUGAGGAAUUCUACCUAGUGAUACCGAGGGUGCAUGGACCAGGCCAGCCUCCAGACCUAGGACGUAAUUUUUCUAUGUAUAUGCUACUUGAGAGAGUGAGAUUCACAUUGGAUGGCCUUGAAUGCAAUAAAAUUGGAGUCGGUUAUGAGGCUUUUAACGGUCAACCAGAUUUCUGCACCUCCCCGUACUGGAGCUGUUUGCACAACCAGCUGUGGAAUUUUUAUGAAGCUGACCAGAAUCGAAUUGCUAGGCAUCAACCACCUUUGUAUGGUGUGGUAGGAAGGUUUGAAAGGAUAAAUGAGCACCCGGGUGCAGGGCCUCGUACGUUUUCCUUUGGGAUUUCUGAAGCUAUCAACACUAAUCUUGUGAUAGAAUUAGCAGCUGAUGACAUAGAAUAUGUUUAUCAGAGGAGCCCUGGGAAGAUUUUAGGUGUUACUGUCCCUACAUUUGAAGCACUUGCGCAAUAUGGGACUGCAGAUAUAAAAACAAAGAACACCGGGAAAGUGGAAGCAUCAUACAGCUUGACGUUUAAAUGCUCAAAAGGUGUGACAAUGAUGGAGGAACAAUUUUUUAUCAUGAAGCCUGAAGAGGUUGGUAAUCGAUCAUUCAAAAUCUAUCUAACUUCUGAUCAAGCUUCAAAAUAUGCAUGUUCUGCAAUUUUAAAAGAUUCGGAAUUUAAUGAAGUCGAUAGAGCUGAAUGCCAGUUCACCACCACAGCCACUGUGCUUGACAAUGGAACACAGGGAGCCCCCUUUCAGCCACCAAAGUCUGAGACAGCAAGCUUAUUUGGAAUUAUCAAAGACUUAUGGAACAAGUUUUGGGCUGGUUUAUUAGACUUCAUCACAGGAGAGAAUUGCAGAAGCAAGUGUUCUGGGUUCUUCGACUUCCUUUGUCACAUUCAAUAUGUGUGCAUGAGUUGGGUCAUCAUGUUUGGAUUAUUUUUGUCCAUCUUUCCCACAGCGCUUGUGCUUCUAUGGCUUUUACAUCAAAAAGGACUGUUUGAUCCUCUCUACGACUGGUGGGAAGAUCAUUGCUGGGAAGGUACGCCGAGGCACAAGAAAAUUCCGAGGCAUAGAAUUCAGCAUGACCAUCACCGAAUUCAUCACAAGAGACACCGACCUCACCAUCACCGAGCACAUCAUCAUCACAACGUGCAUGAAGUAAAGCAUAGGAACUGGAAGAAUAACAAUGAACAAGAUCAUCACCAUGCAGCACAUCGAUCAAGCGAUUAUAAUCAGUAUUUGCAUCAUGUCCAUAAAGACAAGCACAAACACGGCAAGCAUCGAAGUAGCACUGGUGCAAUUCAGCAUUUGGAUAAUCAGGUUGAUUUGAUUCGGCAUCACAGGCAUAGGAAAGGAAGGAGAGCCAACGAAAGGACAUCUGAUUUUCAAAUAUAUGACAAGGAAGAUAUUCAUGAGCCUUAUGAAAAUGAACCUUCUUUUCUUUGAUGAUGAGAACAUUUGCAUAAUUGUAUCAAGAGAAGUAUACAUAAAGCAAAAAACAUGAAUGAAGGUUCUGAUGAAAUUCCCUUCAGCGCAAGCAAAACUCCAAAUUUCUAUCUAUGUGAAAUGAGAGUCUCAAUUGUAUUAUCAAACUUACACACUGGUGGGAUUACAACAGUCUCAAUUGUUUGGAAUAUACAAAGUGCUUUUUAAGCUUAAA